CCCCAAGGACGGCUGGCCAUCUCUUCUCUUUUACAACUUUCCCCUUCACGACACAUCAUGUCCCAUUGGAACACAAACACGAACGAGCAAUGGGGCGGGCAGCCCAAUCAAGGCUACCAACCCAUGGUCCAUCCCGGCCCUGAAUCCCAGCCCUACGCGCCUCAAUAUGCCCCUCCACAAGGUCCACCACAGGGGUACGGUGCUGGCUGGACCGCCGACCAAAAGAACCCCUACGAGAAUGAGCGCUUCAAACCCAAGAAACGCGUGAACGACGUGUUCUUCUUGAUACUGUAUAUCUUGACUUUCCUCGGAUUCGCGGCGCUCUCUGGAAUAGUGCUUGAUGAAUGGGUGAAAGACGGCGGACUCGGUGGUGGUUUGGGCGACGGGAACACAGGCACCUCUGUUACAUUGAACCAGCAUACUGUAUGGUUACUUCUCCUGGUUACGGCAGCGGGUCUGCUCCUCUCAACGGCGUGGCUUAUGCUCACCCGAUUCUUCACGCGAGCGAUCAUGCACAUAACUCUCGUGCUUUCCAUUCUCCUCAACAUCGGAAUAUGCGCAUAUUAUUGGGUCACGAAGUACUAUUCCGGAGCGAUUAUCUUCACGGUGAUAGCGCUCCUCUCUGUCCUGUCGUACUGGGCAAUGCGUUCUCGCAUCCCGCUCUCCUCGCUCCUCCUCCAAGUCGUCAUGGACGUUUCGAAACAUCACAUGAGCGUAUACGUAGUAGCGUUCGCCACCCUAAUCAUCCAAGCAGCUCUCUCCGUAUGGUUCACCUUCACUGCCAUCGCGACGUACGCCAAAUGGACGCCAGGCAACCCGUCCUGCGAGAACGACUCAUCAUGCUCAUCGGGCAAGGUUGCCGGCCUUAUAUUCUUCGAGACCUUUGCGUUCCUCUGGAUUUCGCAGGUCAUCGGUAACGUCGCUCUCGCGACCCUGGCCGGCGGUCCGUUCGGCUCGUGGUACUACUUUGGUCCGCGCGAGCAAGGGCAGAUGCCGAACCAUCCCACGACGUCCGCCUUCGUCAGGGCAUCGACGCUGUCUCUUGGUUCAAUCGCGUUUGGGUCGCUGAUCGUGACGCUUUUGGAGGUCAUUCGCAUGAUUUUGAACGCUGCGAGGAAUUCGGCGCAAGAAGACGGAAAUCCCGCUCUGGCCAUUGUGGCUUGCAUUGCAGAGUGCUGCAUUUCAUGCAUCGAAGGCGCCGUGGAGUACUUUAACCGCUACGCCUACAUCGAGAUAGCUCUCUAUGGCAAACCAUACAUUCAAGCUGCAAAGGAUACAUGGCGAUUGUUCAAGGAUCGCGGAAUUGACGCUCUCAUUAAUGACUCCUUGGUUAACAUCACGUUGACAUGGGGAUCAUACGUCGUUGGCAUCCUCUGUUCGCUGUUUGCGUAUCUCUAUCUCCGCUACACGCACCCCGCCUACAAUGACAAUGGCCAGUAUACGGCUCCCGUUGUACUGUUUGCGUUCCUCAUUGGUACCUCAUGCUUGCUUACCCUCGGAUCGGCCAUCCAAGCUGGUGUAUCUACGAUAUUCGUUGGUUUGGCAGAGGAUCCCCAAGUUCUCGCUAUCAGGGCUCCCGAACUGUUCGGCAUGAUUGCUCAAACAUAUCCGCACGUGGUUGAAGGUAUCCAGAUUCCAUGAGUGGAUAGAUAACAACCCAAUCAGAAUGGUCAGGGCUUGAAUGGCUAUAGAGCGUACAUCGCGAGCAUUCGUGCUACUACCAUCUUGUAUUUUCUCGCGAUUUUCGUAGUCAGAAUCGUAAUGACAUGACGUAAUGCAAGGGUGUAGGCGAAUGCGAGAUGAUCCGAAACAUAAGGAAUAGGGAAAACGAACGAUAUCGCCCGUAGCGUUUAUCCUUCGAUAGGACGGUAGGCGCGAUUGCCCGCAGCCCAGCGAUGGCCCGCAUCCGCGGACAAGCCCGUCGUAACGACACCGAAAACGACGGCGAUCGCGGAUACCCAGGAGAUGGUAUUCAAGACAUAGCCCAAACCUGUGACGAGGUGAUUCGGGAUGCAGAAAAGACGUGACGCUGAUGCUCACCAGGGCGAGCGCGCUCGAACGUUGGGAAAGCGGCAGUACUGUACAGUUCGGUAAUGAUCCCGAAGGCGAUGAUUUGGCACAGAGCAUGGAACGCAACCAGCCAAGCCACAGCCUUCCAGAUCCUCCGUCUCCUCGAGUGCGUCGACACGCCAAAUACAAUCGCGAGCAGGGCGGUGGCGCCGAAUCCAAUACCGAGUUCCACGACAUAUCCGGCGGUUGUCCAUGAGGCGCAGAACGUAUGGAACUCAGUCUCGCACUCGUCCGCGACGCGCGCGGGGAAGGGACGGCAUUUAUACGGGCCGUACUUCUUGAUUCCGCCGCCCUCCCCAUCCGAAAUAUCCGUGAUGGUCCGCUCACAACGCUCCAUGAGGCCAUAGCGAACUACUGUCUUCGUGUGGAAUAUUUCGGGAGAUUGGGUGACAAGCCAGGUCUGGCUCCUCGCAGACAAGAUGUUCAUCAAGACCGUCAGAAUAACGGCACAGAAGGUCACAACAUAGGAUGUCUUUCUCAUCCUUAUCGCCUUUGAGAGGUGUGGUUGUCGUCUGAAGC